GCAGCAGGUCAUGUGACGCGUCCUCUGGUUUUUAGAGCAGCUCUCAGUCAGACUGUGUCAGUGUUUGUGGAGCGAACAGAGGAACAUGGAUUCAUCCUUUCUCCGCUUCUCCCUGCUCCUCAUCUGUGUCUGCGCUGCAGAUGGAUUUUUGUAUUAUGCAACGGGUCGCUGUGAGUUUAACUCCACUGAGCUGAAGGACAUCAGGUUCAUCUUCUCUUACUAUUACAACAAGUUGGAGUUCAUCAGGUUCGACAGCAGCGUGGGAAGAUAUGUUGGAUACACUGAGCUGGGAGUGAAGAACGCUGAACGCUUGAACAGUGGACCAGAGGUGGUUCAGAGUAGAGCUCAGAGGGAGACGUACUGUGAACACAACAUUGGGAACUGGUACCCAAAUAUUCUGUCUAAGUCAGUGAAGCCCUCUGUCAGACUCUACUCCACGACGCCCCCUUCUGGUAAACAUCCUGCCAUGUUGGUCUGCAGCGUCUACGACUUCUACCCCAAACAGAUCAAAGUGAGCUGGACCAGAGACGGACAGGAAGUCACCUCUGAUGUCACUUCCACUGACGAGCUGGCCGACGGCGACUGGUACUACCAGGUCCACUCUCACCUGGAGCACACACCCAGGUCUGGAGAGAAGAUCUCCUGUGUGGUGGAGCACGCCAGCCUGAGAGAACCUCUGGUUACUGACUGGGAUCCGUCCAUGCCUGAGUCAGAGAGGAACAAGAUCGCCAUCGGAGCCUCGGGACUGAUCCUGGGUCUGAUCUUAUCUCUGGCUGGAUUCAUCUACUACAGGAGGAAGGCCCGAGGACGGAUCCUGGUUCCCACUAACUGAGCCCGGUCCUGUGUGCUGGACCUGGACCUGUUGCAUUGAUCAGCUGCUGCUUCAACCUGCUUUCUGUUUCAGCUCAGCAGACUCUCAGUGCUGCCACCUGCUGGACCGGCUGAACACCUGAUGGUCUCUGAUCUUCAGCCGGUCUGAACCUGAUCCAGGACCAGCCGUGUCCUCUGACGGUCCUGGAUCAGCUGGACCUGGACUCUUCACCUGUGCCUGAUGUGUUGCUUUACUGUGUGAAAUCAAUCCUUAGCUGUGCCUUUAAAUCCUGUGAUCAGGUCUUUGGAUGGUCCUGGUCUCAGAGGUUCUGUGAUUGUCAGGUUUAUAUAUUUUUUCUGGACUCGAACGUUUUCUAACCACAAUAAAGAACCUGU